AUGGUCGAUAUUGAGGCCCCUAUCAGCUCUGUCUUGUCGACAUCGGAGGCCACUCCGCAUCUGACUAUCAAUCAUGAUGUCGCCGACGAUCUAGACUCUAGCAAUGCCUUUGAAGGACCGGAGAAGCUGCUGGAGGUCUGGUUUGCCCCCAGCCCCUCGGCGCUUCCCGCUGGAGCCAACGAGAAUGGCCUGAUGGUUGUCCCCUCCCAGACCUGGAAGGAGAUGCUUCAGCUCGUCCACUGCGAGGUUCUCUCGGUUGUCUCGUCCGAGCAUAUGGAUGCCUACUUGCUCUCCGAGUCGAGCAUGUUCGUCUUCCCUCAUAAGCUGAUCCUGAAGACUUGCGGGACUACCACCCUGCUCCUCGGGCUCAGGCGGCUCCUGCGCAUCGCAGCUGUCGAGGCUGGGUUUCCCUUCCACAAUGUUGCAGACAUCAAGGAUGAGGCCGCCAUGGCCUCUCCGUACCGCGUCUUCUAUAGCCGCAAGAACUUCCUGUUCCCGGACAAGCAGCGCGGUCCCCAUCGCAGUUGGAACGACGAAGUCAAGUUCCUCGACAACCUCUUCGAUGGCGGUAGCGCCUAUCUCGUUGGGAAGAUGAACGGCGACCACUGGUACCUUUACAUCACCACUCCGGACCCGCAGAUUACUCCCCCACGCACUCCGGGCAGUAGCAAGGAGAACAGCCCCACCCGUCCCUCCAAGAUCCCUACGGGCAUCAUGUCUUCUUUCCCACAGGUCAGGGCCGGGGACGAGUACCAGGACGAGACGCUGGAGAUCCUCAUGACAGACCUCGACCCCGAAAAUGCCAAGCAGUUCUAUCUGUCGCACGCGAGUGCGGUCGCGCGCGAGCGGGUUCCUGUGCAGGCUGAAGAGGCGAGGAAGGAGGCAUCGGAUGUUCCCGGGGCCGACGACGCCCCUGACAAUAAGAAUGACGAAACUUUCGAUGUGUUUGCCAAUGGUGUCAACGCUGGUGGCGACCAAGCCCCCACUGCUGAGGUCGAGGAGCUCACCUCGGAGGGCCACGCCCUCGGAACCGUUGUUUCUCAGAACUGCGGCCUGUCCGAGGUCUACCCCACGUCCAAAUACCCUGACGCGCGCGUUGACGCCUAUUUGUUUUCCCCGUGCGGCUUCUCCGCCAACGCCGUCAUUCCUGCCCCGGUCGACGCCGACGCAGAGGUUAAUGACGCCGUCAAGAAGACCGCGGGCGCCACGCACUAUUUCACCGUCCACGUGACGCCCGAGCCGAACUGCAGCUUCGCUUCGUUCGAGACCAAUGUCCCCGGGGGGCAGAACGGCCGCGAGACGGGCGAGGUCAUCGAGCACGUGGUCGGCAUCUUCAAGCCGGGUCGCUUCAUCGUCACACUGUUCGAGGCCAAGGGCGCCGGGGCGGCGCGCAGCCCGGACCCAUACGGCCUGCGCAAGAACCGCAGCGAGGUUAUCGGCGGGUACAGGCGCGUCGACCGCAUCGUCCACCAGUUUGACGACUACGACCUUGUGUUUGGGUUCUUCCAGAGGGAUGGCUGGGUCGAUUUCGGCGGCGCCAGGGUCGGCGAGGAGUCGCCCCGCUCGUCUGUUCACAUGGAGCUCUAG